CUCCGCGGCGCCUUGAGGAGGAAGGUGGGGGCAAUUUAGGCAAGUCCCUAGGGUUUGGGAGGUGGGAGGCCCUUGGCGUGAGGAGCGAGGCCAGGGGAGGUCGUGCCGUUGCUAAAAAUAAAGGUAUAAAGGAAGUUUUUAUUUGUAACGCAAGCCCUUCAGAGGGAGGUGCUCUGGCUCUGGGUGUUCCCCAGGAGACUGGUUAGAUUUUAGGUGUUCCGGCCUCUCGGGAUUUCUUUCUGUUGUUUGAGGGGCUGCUGAGGGGAAGGAGACCUCAUGUAGUUGUUAGUCAGCAGCAGGUUCUUCUGCUGGGCUAUCCUUUAGAAAACUGAAAAGACUUGCUUCAGAGUUUGGGCAGCAGGUGUGCGUUUUCAUGACUGAGAAACUAGAGUUUUUAAUAACUUGGGGACUAAAACCACCAAGGUUCCCAUUCUGGAGCAAUGCCGGUACCAGAUGCAUCUAAAAAACACAGAGUUGAGGCACCUGUGGCAGCAAAUGUAGGUGGGAGCAGACCCAAGGCACCUGUGGUAGCAAACGCACCUAAGAGCAGCAGACUCAAGGCACCUGUGGUACCAGAUCCACCCAAGAACAGCAGAAUCAAGGUGCUAGCAGCCACUAAAAUGUUGAAUCCUCGAGAUUUUGUGUGCAUUCAGGCUUUGCCUGGCUUUGCUCAGAAGGAGGGAAAGGUCUUGGCCAGAAGCAGAACAAUUUACAGAAGCAGUGAACCUCCAAGAGAACAAGUGUUUUGGGAAAACUACCAUAGGAGGCAAAAGCAAUUUACUCAGGGACACUUCACCCCCACUGGGAAGCCUUAUCGGGAGCUUGGAGAGAUUCUCUACACAGACCCGAAGAAACUCACCCUCUACUCUUUGGGGCAGCUUGCACAGGAACCAGUGAAAAAAGAUGUGCAGGAAAAACCACCCAAAGAAGUGGCUGAGGUUACUACUAACAAGUGCUCUUUCAAUCCAGAGUUUGAUCACUUUCAGUCUGAUCCACCAGAACCAGUGAAGAGGGUGUCCCCAUUUAGAGACACAGGGAAGGAGCUGAAGACUCUUAGUAAAGCUCUAGCUCACUCAAGGCAUCAUAUCAAUUCUGUGAAGCAAGGUGGAGAAUACUUUCAUCUACUUCACCAAGAAUCACUGGAGAGGAAUAACAGACAGAAAGCAGCUCAGCAGGCUCAGGGCACGAGAUGGAGGACUGAGUUCCAGGCACCCGAAUAUUCCUCUGAUGUGGAGGAGUCAGAGGAAGAAAUAAACAUUUGCUCUCUAACAGAAGGCAACCACCUGAGGAAGUCAGGGAAGAAGAAAAAAAAGAUGACCUUACGGUCUUUCACUCCUGUUUAUACCAGUGUCUUGUUUUCAAGCCCCCCUGGAGCAAAAAGUGAACAUCUUUUCCGACAACUGUGUGCCAUACACUGGCUUUUGGAAGCUUUGACUCUUGAAUCCAACAGUUCCAUGUGUUCCAUAUUAACUUGUUGGAAUCCAAUGCACCCUGGUGGUUGUAAAAAAACAGUAAAAGAAAUUGAAGAGGAAAAGUUAGCAACAUACAUGUGGGAGCUCUUUAUUACAAACACAAAGAAAUGCACCUGGAAAGCACGAUACAGUCUACUUAGCAGGAAGAUAAACAAGACAUCUACUCCAGGUAUCUCUCAGCUUAGCAGUCAGUCAUCUCCCCGUAGUCAAACCCCUCGUGGCAGCGAAACUUCCACCGUACUUUGCUCUGAAGACAAUGUCAAGAUUAAUAUAGCUUCAUCUGAUGUUAUGAGUGAGUCAGCACAAGCUAAAGAACAACAACCUCUUUUCCCCUCCUUACAGAAAGUCAUCCAAAUAACACAUGAAGAGGUGUCAAAAGAUGCCCAUAAACAAGAAGAUAUGGUCAAGAAGAUUGGACUGCAGCGUUUGUUGCCAGUGGCUCAGAAGAACUACAGAGUAAACAUGCCAUUCAUUAAGGACCAAGAGAGUAUAAUACCAAGGAAACAGAGGCCCAGAAGGCAGGGCUGCCAUAUCAGCUCUUUCAUUAAAAGCAAAUCUAACUUGUGUGCCGAUAUGAGGCAAAAGUUCACAGCGGUACGUGAAGAAGCAGCUUGUGGUUUACAUAAUACCCUAGUGAGCCUUGAGAGGAGGCAGGAAGAGCGAUGUUGUCAAAAAUACCAGGCUUUGAAACAAUUGAAGUAUUUCAGAAGAGACAUGGAAAGAAUAAGACAGCUGGGCAUGAGAGCUGAAAGAGAACAUGAUGAAGGUGGACCAAACUGGUUUCCUGUAUUGCUUGCCAGACUCCCAGAGUCUGUGAAGAGUGACCAUUAUGUACAGAAAAUCUUAAAGAAACUAGAAAAAUAUGGCAAGACUCCUGACUUGAAAAUUCAUCCAGACACCUUUCUUAAGGUUCUGGCUGACCUACAGGUGUGGGAGCUGUGUUCUCCAGAAAUUGCUGCAGCUGUGGAGUUUGUACGUGAAAGUAUUGUGCAGAUGCCGGAAGACGAUUUCAGCGAGUGGUUUCAGACAAGAGUAGCCCCCCUCAGUGCACAGUCCUCCACCUUUUAAUCAAACAGCCAGAUGAGAUGGUUUUCCAGCUACAACUGUCUUCAAGCAGAAAACUACUGCCUGUUGAGAUCUGCCUCAAGGAAGACUAGGGAAGGGGAGCUGACUUCAGGAAGUCCCACUGACCACUCUUGCACAAAUGAAAUUUGUCCCUCUACAGUGCUCUGCUGGCUGUAGUCAGCCACAGAAAAUAAAAGCUAAAUACUGUUGCUCCUUCCUGUAUGAUGUCUUGGACAGACCAUCAAAUUUCAAUCUCAUCUAACCAUGUAGAAUGAAGACUGAGUUUCUGAUGACAGGUCGGGUCAUUUCUUCAGACAUUCCUCUAACAAUACCUAUAGUAUAACAAGCCAUCUACUCAGUAUGGAUAUACUGAUUUCCAUAUCUAAAUGACAUUGCCUCUCUUUGCUCUUCAUUUUAGCUCUCCUUUAUAAAAAAUACCCCAAGCACAGGUUAGUUGUAAGCUUUAAGACAAUUUUUUUUGUGCACUAAUUCUUUUUGUAAUUCAGAUGUUUUAUUUUUGCAUUGGGUUUAUUCUGUAGUUAUUUUGUGAUUAUAGAUUAAUUCUUGCCUUAUUAAAAUCAAUAUUGAAAACCCAAGCAUCCUUAGAUGCAUUUCCCAGGUUUUCACCUGAAGAUAUGUUUUCCCCUGCUUACCUUAGCAUAUGUUUGCUAUUACUCUGCUGGGUAAGACAGUAGAAUGACACCCCUGAACUCGCAGACAGUGAUAAAUACAUGACCUUUGUGAACCUGUCUGGGCUUAACUGUGUAUUUCAUGGUGGGUCAUAAUUGCUGGGUGAUGAAAUCAGUGACCCAGCGACCUUCUAAGCUGAUGAUCUUAAUGACCUGCUUACCUGCCUGUCAAAGCUUCCAGAAGACCCGCUGGGGAGAAAUGCUGUUGAUCCUUCAGCCACAAUAAGGGGAAACAAUGCCAGCUUAGGGUAUAGGUGAGUACAGUGACCCCUGAGGUGUAAUAUGUUAUUGAUUAAUGGUCUUAUUUUGUCCCCUCCUCAUUAUCAAGAGAUAAAUGUUUUUCAAGGAAAAGAGCCAAGAACACAGAUUUCUAUGACUUGCAGCCAUCAGAGAAAAGUAAGCUCUUAAAGUUCUGUUGCGCUCCCACUUUAUUCAUUCUGUAUAUGGCAGUGAUAAGCUAGUAUUUGUACAGGUAGUGAAGCCAUAUUUUCCCCUGUCCAUGCUUUUCUUUCCCUCCAUCUCAAAAUCCAGUGGCAAACUUCCCUCAAAAACUCUGUAGGACUGAUCUACUGCCCAGUGAAAUUGGUGGCAGUGCUGCCGCCAGGUGAACAGGAUGUGGUCCAAUUCUGACCUGUGACACCUCAACUCCACUGGUCACUGUAUUCUUCCGUUUCUUUUAAC